AUGAAGUCGGGAGUUGUCAUCUUUCUACUUCUCUCCGUAGUAUACGGUUCAGAAGUGAGCCUCAAGGAGACAACUAAGGAUCAAAGUACCCAAAUUAAUGUAACAGAGACGGAUAGAGCUAACAGUGAGACUGUUAGCAUCAAUUUUGAGCAAACUAAGGUUGACCGUGAUCAGAAUGGCGGCGUUAAAGAUGCUAGAAUUCUAAGAGUGAGUUUGCUUCCCUUUUAUUGGUAUUUUACAUCAGUUUUACGGCUUAUUAGAGAAAUGGUAUGAGCAGGAAAAGAGAGAUAUCGAAGAACUUUUAGGAUCCUAAUUCGACUGUUGCUUAAACUUCGGUCAAAAUUCGAUAUGGCCGCUUAAUUAAGAACGUGACGCUAGCAUGCAGAAAUAUAGAUGUUUUUUAUGGACUUUGACCUGGUUUAAACCAUUUAUAUAUUUGCUACCGGACAAAAGUAUUUUGUUCGAGUACGUUGAAGUUCUCUAUGACUCAUUUGUUGUUUAAGCAAGUGCAUGGACUUGAUUAGACUACCUCAGAUGGUAUUAAAUGCAGCGACAGCACCUCAAAUAAUUCUAAAAACCCUAAGGGGUAAUGUCUCCAUUUAGUAGAUUAUGUACAUUUUUUGGUAGCAACAGGAAAGGAAAAAAAGGAAGCAGAUUUAUCUUUUUAAACCUUUUGUAAAAAGUUGGUUAUCAGCGUUAGACCCCUUCUUAUCAGUUACAUUUAAAUGUAGGUCGGUUCGAAAUAAGAAAAAUAUCCAUCCUUUGACACAAAAAUUAUCUUGACGAAAAAGAAAAAUAUAACAGUAAAACAUUGGCUAUGACUGAUACCUAUUUUGAAAACAGCUAGCAAAUGUUUUUCAGAAAUGUUUCUCCUUGUAAUCAAACCUACCGAUCUAUGUUGUGUUUAUUUCAGUACUGAGUACUGCAGGUGUCAGAGUUAUAUGAUAACAACAGUUUACUAUAAAUGGAAAUGUCAGACAGUUUUCAUACAUAACAAGAAACUCAAGGAUUUGGCAGGGUCUUGUAGAUUGUCAUUCAUCUGCAUACCAAACAAAAUGCAAAGUCAUGGAACAGAGAGUUCGGGAACAGUGUUUGACUUACCAAUGAAACAGUUAUUUACAAACAGGUUGCUAGAUGGAAGCAUUAGAGCGAUUAGUGAGGGAGAUCUGACUACAGUGUGAUAUUUUUGUAACAAUACAGUGUAUGAAAUUUAUAUUCAUAUAGAGUUAAUCUUCUUUUGAGCUUCUAUACAUUACCUGUUGAAUUUGUAAAACUUGUUUGUUGUCAAUGAUCAUUAAAAUGUACAAGUAUCAAGUGUGGGUAUUUUCUUCACCUGUUUGCACAACACUUUGCAGAUGUUGUGAUGGGAAGUUAAUUGCAUAAUAUUUUUUUCUCUUUCAGGUAAACAUCCGAGUCAGUGUUGUGGAUGGUGUAGUUCACGUGAACAAUGCCAAAGCCAUUCAUAAGGCAGUCACAACUUUCCACUUCUAUGCAGAAAUUGGUAAGGCAAUAUAAAUUUGUGCUAGCUUUGUGCUCAUGUGGCUUGCAUUUUUAUGACAACUCCUCUAGUGAUAUUGAGCCCUUAAAAGGUAAUUCAAAUGUUAACAGUUUUACUUGUCACAAAAUAGGCUGAAAUGCCUUAGCAGAAACUGCAACUGCUGAUGCUAUUUUUUUAACUGUACAAGCUCCCUUUUCAUUUCUUCAUGUCGCUCAUAAGAAUAUUCAUACAUGUAGUUAAAAAAUUGAACACUUUUACGCUGUACAUUUAUGUUUGUUGAAGUUAGUGAUAGAUAUUUUAAGUUGUAGUAAAAGCAAGUCUUCAUGGUGCUGUGCCAUCCUUGCCCCUAUCAAGAGCAGGUACAUGGUGAUUUAUACAAGGAUAAAAGUACAGUGUUUGCUGUAUAUUGUGUUUAACUGUCAUCUAUUAUUGCAGAUGAAAUUGGCAAGAACCGUGAGGUACUUCAGCACAUGCCAAGGGUCCUUAUUGUGAUCAGGGUGUUGGUUAAUGAAUCAGAACAGAUAAAUGAGCAGGGAGUUUUCAAAAUGCUGCGUGUGCAGGAGGAAAUUGUUGAGGUAGACAAGCAAGCGUUGACACAAAUCAAAGUGACACAGCUUGUGUUGAAACUAGAUUCUGCCAACAAUGAAUUGAUUGGCAAGCGCGUGGUCACAACAAUUGAGCUGAAAGAUUCUGAUUUACACAAGAUACCCCGCGAUAAAGACAAUCAUAGAUACCCUGAUGGUAAGUACUGCUAGUGGCUUUUGCUGUACAGUGUUUCUUAUUCGCUAUUUUGGAUGAUGGUUUCCAUUGUGAUUCACAUGUUUAAUGUUAGCCUUAAUGACAGAGUCUGUUGACACAGUGGCUCCUUUGUUACUGCAACCUGGUUAGAAUCAGACAAAGCUUUCUGUUUUCUCUUCAAAUGCCAUCAUAUAGAACAUGUGGCUACUUACAGAUCACUGCACUUGAUCAGGAGAACAUUCAGAAGGCUUUUGAAUUACUCACCUCCAGCUUGAGAUUUACAAACUUUUCUCCCAACAUCCUGCACAUGUUAUUUUUGGAUAAACCAUAGAAAGUGUCAUCUUGUAUAAUUCAAAUAGACCAGGAGGAGCAACAAUGCUCUUAGUUGGCUUGUGCUAACCAAAUCAUAAUGAGCUCUGGUAGACUUACAUUGAAAUCUUUUAUAUGUACAGUAUAUCUACAUACAACUGUACUGUUUUUAAUAAUUUGUUUAGUUACUGCUUAAAUCAAUUGACAGUUCUGACUAAUUUAAUUUGCUUUUAGGCCACUUGCCUGACCACCCAUACAGUGACAAGUCAAACCCAAAACCCAAGCCAGCUCAGCUUCCAAACCAUCCUUUGCAAGCUGACUCGGUAAAACAUAAAACUUAAGAUUUGUAUGCAUGCAAAGUAGACAGUUGGUCAGACAGGGUAGUGCAUGUGCAUAUGCAUGUACAUAAGGGCUAGGAUCCAGUCAACUUUGCUGGUGACUUUGUAGAAUACAUGCACCAUAAAAUAUGAUCCUCAACACAGUUGCCAUUUUUUAAACCUCUUCCUACUUCAAAAUUUAUUGUAAACUCUGUCUUCAGUCUGUAGCUCAAGUUGAUACAACAUGAAAUUGAGAUUUACUUUCAAAUAUCAUACACAACAUAUUUGACGUUUGGAAACAUUUUCCUACUUCAAAAUUUUCAGUAAAUCCCGUUAAGAUAAAACAUGAAAGAAACAAAAACUGAUAGUGUUGCUGUUGUCUUGAUUUACAUUUAUCAAUCCAUAUGAGUUUAUAUUUGUAUUUUGUAAGUGGUGUCAGUGUGGUUUUGUGAAAAGUUUUCUUUACAUUUCUCUGGAGGUUAAUUUUAUCUGCAAGAAACUACUCUCAGACAGGAAGGAAACUGUUUUAUUGCCAUUGUUAUUUUACAGUUUUGUUAGCCUUGAAAAUCUGUGAGUGAGGGUUUCAAAAAGUUAUUAGCAUAAAAUAUUUCAGAGUAGGAUUACUACGUCAAAACAAAAUAUUCUUCACACAUAUUUUCACAACAUUGAGUGCCAUUAGCUGUAUUGCGCUCUCUGCAGAGUACAGUGCUCAUUGUGCUGUUUCUUUGUAGUUGGAAUUUGAAGAGUGUGUUACUAGCUUCCAGGCUUAAGCUGUGGAACAUUCAGUAGUUUCUUAAACACUGUUUUGCUGUAUGUCUAUCUUAGUCAAAGCAUGGACUCUGCGCAAAGUUCCACAAGCUGCCAUUUGCUGCCCGCUUGGCUGUCUUUGCAGUGGUGGCUAUUAUUGGCAUUGGUACCUUCACCUGCUGUUUGUGGGUGUUCUGCUGCAAACCACCAGCCUCAGGCAAGAAAAUCAACCUCAAAGACUAUGAGGACAAGUUUUCAUAUGAUGGGGAGUUUGAAGCUCCAGCUUUGGAACAUAAGGUUCCCAUUGAGAAGCAGAAGCUGGUCAUUGAUGCAUGA